UAUUGUCCAUCCAGUGAUCGAUUGGCACCUGUAUGUGAUAACGGGUGCAAAAAGUUAAACAAAAAUUAUGAAAUUGUUUAUUAUAAACAUUUGUUUUGGAUUACUGGUCUACCGGACCACUGGACAGCCGCCACCGCAGYCGUCGCCGGCCAGUCGUAAUCAGGAUGAGUGGUAUAAAGAGCAGUGGCCGACACAACCCUACGCUUUUGGAUAUGAAAUCCGCGAUUAUAACGGUAACGAACAGUAUAGAAAAGAGAUGAGUGACGGCGAUAGAGUGACCGGUAGUUACGGCUAUAUGGGUCCCGACGGUCUCUACCGACACGUUGAAUACGUGGCCGAUGAAAAUGGCUUCAGAGCCAACAUCAGGACAUCGGAACCGGGAACCACUAACGACAAUCCGUCCAAUGUCCAGAUCAACGCAAACCCAGUACUUAUUGUAUCGCCACCUCCAGCACUGCCACCAACAGUACUUCCACCUCAAGCUGGUCUCAAUCCUGGCGCUGCUUUAUAUUCAAACCCCGGUGCCGGCAGUAUUAGACGUGACGGAUUGACUGCAAGGUCACCGCAAGAGAGACCACCACCAAUAGCUAACAAUCCUAAUCCAAAUCGUAGCACAUAUUCAAAUACUGUUCCCAAUUCAUUGUCUCGAUUACCUCAGCCGGCAAUCACGACUCCCACCAGUAAUCCCAUUAACGUUAAUAGAGAUGUAUAUAAUGCUAACCGAAGAACUAAUAUAACAGUGCCAGUGGUGGCCGUCACUCCUAAAUAUGCAUUCAAUGAGACGCGAGGUUCGCCGCAUAUCGGUAGCGGUCAAGAUUUAGGCGGUGGACGAUCACCAUCAUAUGGUGCCGAUAGGACUCAGUUUGCUGAUCUACCACCCAAUAUAAUACCCUACCGAGGAGCUAAUCCCAGGCCCAGACCACAGGUAGAUGACAGGCAAGGAGAUGAUUUAGUGUUGCGCAACGAGUUUGUACCGCAAAACAAUCAGCAGCGGCCAAAGUUUGGCAGUAGUCCGGUCUCUAAUAAUCCCGGUUAUCAACCAGACGACAGACUACCAGAAGCGCAACCGUUUGUUGGUGUAACGGUGCGGCCGUACGGAAACCCAAAUCCUGUUAGAAAUGCAAACCCUGGCCCACCUUAUGGUGACAAUAGAGGUUUUCCGCAGCCGGUGGCUAUCCCACCACAAUAUCAGAUGCCCCCCACAAAAGGUGGUCAACCAACUAGAGUGACAACAAAAUUACCGCCAGUUUAUGGUUUUAUUGAGGCCACCAAAGGUCCUGUAAGUCAAUUAAAGCCAAUUAGCAAUUUCUAUGACAAACAACGACCUAAUGGUGUCUUUUAUGACGACCCAAAUGAUGGCAACAAUGAAUUCAAGCGCAGACAAGACAACGAUGAAGAGCAACGGGUCAUCAAUAAGCCAGUGUUCGAGGACAGGCCUACGCCCACUAAAAUUGGUGUCUUUGUCAGACAGCGUUACAAUAACACGACCCGACCCAAUGCUACCAAUKCUAAUGCUGGUAGUGGUGGUGAUAUUAAAACAAUACGUGUGCCAACUAUACCAGUGCUGAGAGACUUCAAUAGGACACUACAUAGAGUGAAUGCGAGCACCGGUGAUGCAAAUCAGGUCAUACGUGACGGCUAUGACAAUAGAGUUGGUGUCAAACGGCCUACAAAAGUGUUUAUUACAAGCGGACCAAUGAGUGGCAUCAGUGGCUACAAACCAGUGGUCGCAGACAAUAGGCCUUCAAUUAAAGGUGACGACCGCUCUCUAUUUGGAGCCAACGAUGCUCAACAAAGACAACAACAACAACAGCAAACCGAUGUCAGCGAUUACAACGAUAAUUAUACUCCAAUAGAUGAUCAACAGAUAAGUUUGGAUGACGUUAAAGGACGUCCACAAAAUCCAGGAGCUGAUAGAAAUCGACCUCCAAUUCAACAACAAUUACCACAGUUUCCACCGAGAAAUCCAGUGCCACAGCAGAUUCCGCCACCACCAUCAUCACAACCGCCACAAACGGUUGAAAUCAGACCGUAUUACGGGGCCAGACAUCCGCCAUCACCGGGACAACCACCAAGAGAUAACAGUUUAGGUUUACCAUUACCAGCGCAACGACCGCAAAUUAUUCCUCCGCAGUCACGAAUACCUCCAUCGCCACCAUAUGAUCCACGAGAAGAUGAUGACAAUCAACAGCAACAGAUACAAACAUCUGACGAAGAUCUGCCCGUCCAACGAGAUAAUGGUUACUCUAUCGAUGAUCAACAACUUGAAGACCCUGUUGGUGACGUUAAAGGCUAUCAGCCAAUGAUGCCUAACAAUAGACCCGAUCGACAGCCAACACUCCCUCCUACACGUUACCGGCCAUCAGAAAACAGAUCACCAUAUAAGCCGAGAACUCAGGACAGACCUUUUGUAGUUCAGCAACACAUUGACGAACAGCCCUAUCAAACACAGAGCAGCGCUACCAUCAGUUCACCKGUGAAUGCCAUACAAAAUGUAUACAAACCGGUCGAUGGUCUGGACAUUGAUAACAACAACAAUGACACCAAAUCUAAUAAUGAUGACAAAGGAGUGAAAUAUGAGAAGCCAUUACUGGCCACACCAUUCUCACCGUCGGCCUAUAAAGUAACACCAUUUCCACCGUCACCAUCAUUGCCAUCAAUACCAUCACUGUCGUCACUGCCACCGACUAAAUCAUUGAACGAUAGUAUUAUACAGAUAAAGCCAAUCAUUGCCAACAAACCAGAGAUAUAUAUGGUACCGCCUGGUAGUACACCUCCGACUAUGGAGGUACCAAAGUUUGGCACUAGACUUAAACCGGUGGAACUGCCUGUUCARGACUAYUACCAACCYGUAAAUGAGGAUUUCAAUGACGACCAGAAAGUAGAUCAACAAUUAGACUAUAAUGAUAAUCCUAAUGUUGGCGAUAAUGCCAAUCAUAAUGACUAUGAAAGUAAUGUUGUUCAUAACGAUAGUCCCGGUGUUGUCGGUGGUCAGCCGUUAGCCAGUCCACUGAYUGGGGAUAACCUAAACAGUGAUGUUUACUAUUAUUACGACGACGAUGACAGUGAAGGACAGUCAUCACAGGACGUCGAGAUCAUCGAUGAGCCUAAAAGUUUGAUUUAUAGUCAAACAAUAACUCAAUCGCAUAGAAGUGACGCCAAUAUKAUGGACAUGACUAAYGAACAAACCAAUAGCUCCUCGUCCUCAACCUACUCGUCCUCCUCAUCCUCUUCAUCAUCGUCUUCAUCUCCAAUAGAAAUGUCCCACAAAGUGGUUAAUGUAGUUAAUUUGCAYCAAUUUGUUGACAAAUUAAAUAAUAMUAAUAAUAACRRAACCAGUAGUUAG